ACAAGAGAGAAAAAAAGGUUCCUUUUUUCCUCAACUUCAUUUUUUUUUUUAUCUUUGUGUUUUCACCAACCUUUCGAAUUAUCAAAGAUGGAUUUCGAGCUUAGAUCGGCGAGGGAGAAGCUUGAGAGAGAGCAGAGAGAGAGGAAAGAAAGAGCGAAACUGAAGCUCGAACGAGAGAAGAAAGCAAAGGAUGCUGCGAAAAGGCAACGCGAAGCCAUUGAAGCUUCUCAGAGAGCCAGAAGGCUUGACGCCAUUGAAACCCAGAUUAAGGCUGAUCAACAUAUGCAAGAAAGUUUAAUUGCUGGAGGAGGUAUAGUGUUUGAACGAGUCUUCCAGGCUGUUCAUUUCCAAGGCAUUGGUGAUAAGAUAAAACUGCCUCCAUCGUGUUUCACGGAGUUGUCUGAUCAAGGAGCUUUCAAUAAAGGUCCUUUGUACUUUGAGCUCUCUGUAGCUGACCACACUGAUAAUCAAAAGACAACACACUCUGGUGUUCUUGAGUUUACUGCUGAAGAUGGCACCGUUGGGCUUCCUCCACACGUUUGGAGCAACUUGUUCUCAACACAUGAACCAAUGGAUGUUCCUUUGGUGCAGAUUCGUUAUAUCCGUCUUCCUAAAGGCAGCUACGCAAAGCUUCAACCAGACAACCUUGGUUUCUCAGAUUUGCCAAAUCACAAAGCCAUCCUCGAAACUAUUCUUCGUCAACAUGCUACACUUUCUCUAGACGAUGUUCUCUCUGUAAGUUAUGGUCAGGUCUCUUACAAGCUACAGGUUCUUGAGUUAAAACCUGCCUCGAGCAUUUCGGUUCUGGAGACUGACAUUGAGGUUGAUAUAGUUAGUCCAGAUAUAGUUUCGGAUCAACCGAAUCAGCAUGUGUUGAAGCCGCUUCAGUUUGGGAAAUCCGAGUCCGGAACAGUUGAGGAAGGACGAUAUGAUUAUUAUAAGUUUGCAAUUGACGAGGCUAUUGUAGAGAAGGUAGUUGCAGGAAACAUCAAAGUUAUUGUAAAGAUAGAUGUGGAAAAAGAUGGAGCGGAUACUGAUCUCUAUGUAUCAAAGCACCCAGUUUUAUUCCCUUCUCUUAAUCAACACGAGUGGUCUUCACACGACGUGGGUUCAAAGACCUUGAUCUUGGGAUCAAAGGAGAGAGCUUUAAGCUCAGGGACUUACAGUAUAGGUGUUUACGGCUUCAAAGGAACAGUCGAGUACAAAGUUUCGGUCCUAGUUCAAGAAAGCAGCGAUGGAGUUAAGGUUGGGGAACGGGCUUUAUCAUCUUCAUCAGAUGUCGAUACAGUAGAGUGUAGGAACUGUAAGCAUUCAAUUCCAAGCAGGAGUAUUGCGUUGCACGAGGUGUAUUGUAGCAGACACAACGUUGUUUGUAAUCAUCCGGGAUGUGGAAUCGUUCUCAGAGUUGAGGAGGCGAAAAACCAUUUGCAUUGUGAAAAAUGUGGGCAAGCUUUGCAGCCAACAGAGAUGGAGAAACAUUUGAAAGUCUUCCAUGAACCACUCAGCUGUGGCUGCGGGAUAGUGCUGGAGAAAGAACAGAUGGUUCAACAUCAAGCAAGAGAUUGUCCUCUUCGGUUAAUCGCGUGCAGGUUCUGUGGAGAUAUGGUGGAAGCGGGUAACUCUGCAGCUGAUGCUAGAGACAGGAUGAGAGGAAUGUCUGAACAUGAGAGUAAUUGUGGUUCAAGAACAGCUCCUUGUGACUCUUGUGGUCGAUCUGUGAUGCUCAAGGAGAUGGACAUUCACCAGAUUGCUGUUCAUGGCAAGAGUAGCUAAUUCGGUUUCCGCCAUUGAUAUGGAGAAGAAAAAUGCUUGUAAUGAUGAAAAAUUGUUAGUUGUUUGAACAGGGAAGCAAAUCCAUUUGUAAGCAGUUUGUAUUAUUUAUGAUUCUUGAGAGUCAAAA